AUGGUCGACUUCAAGGCCUUGACCGACAAGCACAAUGUCGCUCACAAGCUGUACAAGAGCUCCUUGCUCAACACAGUCUGCCUUGUCGCUGGCCUUUCCAUCUUUUUCUUUGGCUACGAUCAAGGUCUGAUGGGCGGCGUGAAUACAACACGAAAUUAUGCCGAAACUAUGGGCUUUGGACACUGGGACGAAGAUCAGGGCAUCGUCGUUGUGGAAAAGCCACUGUUGCAGGGCGGCAUUGUUGCUGUCUACUAUCUCCCUGGCACCCUUGCGGGCUGCCUGCUAGGCGGCUGGAUGGGUGAUCGUUAUGGUCGCAUUACAACCAUUGGUCUUGCCUGCAUCUGGUGUAUCUUUGCCGCUGCGCUUCAAGCAGCUGCCCAGGAUGCUAAUUGGAUGUUUUGCGCACGCGUGCUCAAUGGCAUUGGUACCGGUAUUCUUAACGCCAUCACCCCAGUGUGGGCCACCGAGACUGCCGCCCACACCUCUCGUGGCCAGUUCGUUGCCUUUGAGUUUACUCUCAAUAUUUUUGGCGUUGUUGUGGCCUAUUGGCUGGAAUUCGGCACUUCCAAGUACCACGAUCCAGAAUCGUCCUUUAUUUGGCGCUUCCCUGUGGCCUUCCAGAUUGUGCCACUUGUUCUGCUUCUCGCAGUCAUUUGGUUCAUGCCCGAGUCACCUCGCUGGCUGGUCAAAGUCGGGCGCGAGGAAGAGGCCCGCUUCAUCCUUGGCCGCCUGCGUGGCAACGAGGGUGAGGAAGGCAAGGCAGCCGAAGCAGAGCUCCAGGACAUUAUAAAUAUUAAGAAUCUUGAAAACGAGACAUCAGAACAGCAGAGCUACUUACACAUGCUUUUCGGUGUUGGCUCUGGAAAGCUGCAUACCGGUCGUCGCGUUCAGCUUGUUAUUUGGCUUCAGAUUCUUCAGGAGUGGAUUGGUAUUGCGGGCAUUACCAUCUACGGUCCUCAAAUCUUUACCAUUGCUGGAAUUGGGGCGUCUGACCGUCUUUGGUUUGCUACUCUUAUUUGUGUGUUUACCCUUGACCGAAUUGGUCGUCGCUGGACUCUAUAUUGGGGCGCCGUUGGCCAAGGUAUCUGCAUGUUCGCCGCUGGAGGUCUGGCGCGAGCCACCAUCAACGCCUCUGACUCGAACCGCGCUCAGAUUGGCGGCGCCGCAACAUUUUUUGUAUUCCUCUAUACCGCGAUCUUUGGCGCUACCUGGCUGACUGUGCCGUGGCUGUAUCCCGCCGAAAUUUUCCCGCUCCAAGUUCGCGCCAAGGGCAAUGCCUGGGGCGUUGUUGGCUGGUCCAUUGGCAAUGGCUGGUGUGUCCUCCUUUUACCUACAAUUUUUGACAAGCUCAAUGAAAAGACGCUAUACAUCUUUGGUGCCGUCAACGCGCUCAGUAUCGUUGCCGUCUGGGCAUUGUACCCCGAGUCCAACCAACGCACGCUUGAGGAAAUGGAUCUGGUGUUUGCCAGCGACAGUAUUUGGACGUGGGACGCCGAGAGAAACUUUGCAAAGAUCAAGGCUGAGAACCCGGAUCUUAUCAAAAGCCACAAGGACACACGCGGCGCUGAUGACCCAGAGCGCGGCAUCUUUGGGUCGCGACGCGCGAGCAAAGUUUCGACGACACGGCCUGGCGCUGAAAAGGAGACCAGAGUUGAGAAUGUGGAAGAUUCAACUACUUCAACUUAG